AUGAGGCUUUGGAAGCGGGCCUCGGGCGCGGUGAAGGACCAGAACAGCCUAUGGCAGGCCAGCCUGUCCCGACGCACCGCCCUCCGCAACCCCGAUAUCCAGAAGGCCGUUAUCCGCGCCACCACCCACCAGGACCUCUCCUUGGACUCCCGCCACGUGGACCGCGUGUGCGACUGGGUCCGCCUCUCCCCUUCCAACCUAAAGCCCGUCCUCUGGUCCCUCUCCCGCCGCCUCGAGCGCACCCGCAGCUGGCCCGUGGCCCUCAAGGGCCUCCAUCUCCUCCACAGCCUCCUCAACACCAACAUCCCCUCCGUCCGCCGAAUCGGCCGCCUCCCCUUCGACCUCUCCGCGUUCUCCGACUCAUCCCACUCCCGACCCUCCAAGUCCUGGCCCUUCACUUCCUUGGUGCGCGCAUACUUCGCCUUCCUCGACCACAAGUCCAGCGUCGUCUUCCACUGCUAUAUCACCAAUGACGGCGGCUUCUCCAUCGCGCGCGAGCUCGAUCUGCUGCAGAAACUCCAGGCGCUGGUGGAUCUGCUGAUGCAGAUCAAACCCCAGAUCUCGGCCUCGGCCUCGGCCUCACUCGUGCUCCAAGUCAUGGACACUGUUAUCAUCGAGAUCUACAGUCUCUAUAGCCAGAUUUGCCGGGGGAUUGCCCUCGUUCUCAUCAAUAUAUAUGCCGGUGGGAAGGCGGAAGCGGCCGUUGCACUCGGCAUCGUCAAGAAGGCGACUCAGCAAGGGGAGGACCUCACCUUCUACUUGGAGUUCUGUCACCAGAUUGGAGUUCUUAAUGUUACUGAAUUCCCUGUCAUUGAUCGUAUCCCGGACGAGGGCAUUCGGGAGCUCGAGCAGAUAAUCAACAACUUUGACGACAAAUUACCGAACGUGCAUCAUCAAACGGAGUUGAUUGUCGUCAGGGAGCCCGAAGAAGCAGUUACGGGUAGUAGUGUUGGUGGGCUGAGGACGAUAAUCACCGAUGAUUGGGAGAAGUUUGACGAGGAUUUGGGGGCGGCCAAGAAUCCUUUCGGGACACCUCUUGUUGUGAAGCAGGAGCCACCAGAUUUGAUCACCUUCUUGUAG